UCAACAUUGUUAACGUUAUCGCUAUUGAAUGCCAUUGUUGUGUGUUGUCGUCAAUCAUGAUGAAUAGACUAAAAUAUUGUUUAUUGUCAAUAUUAUUUAUCCAUUUGCUUUGGCUAAAUGUUGUUUACUGUGAGCCAUUGGUAACUGAUAACUAUUAUGGCACGCCGUUGGGACCAUUAUCGCCUGGUCCAGCGACCGGUCAUGUAUAUGCUGCGGAUGAAAAUACAAUUUUCAUCAAAGGCUUCAGUUUCGAUGGUGCCCGAAAUCCGUAUAGUUAUUUUCAGGCUGGAUCGACUCUUCGACCGGACGGUACUGGUUUCACUAUUGCCGAUGAUAAAGCUACUUACAAUCAGUUGGCCAAAUAUGAGAAUAAAGAUCUAAUCCUUAAACUGCCUGAUGGUCGUACAAUUCGAGAAUUGCGUUGGUUUUCGGUAUGGAGUCGUAAUAAUCACCUAUCGAUGGGUCAUGUCAACAUACCGGUUGAUGUUGAUCUACCACAUCCCUUACAAUUGGCUGGCCUCACCACCUUGGCACACGGUGUUCGUUCAGAUCCGAUAACCAUUGUGGAUGCUCAAACCAUAUUGAUACCCAAUUUUUGGUAUGAUGGACUUGGUCCGGCUGCUUAUUGGUGGGCCACGCGUGGUCCACGUCAAUCCCCGCAAGGUCUGCGAUUAAAAAAUGAAAAAGGAUCUGUACGACCAUUACCAGCUUACCAUGGCGAAACCAUCAUGUUAAUGCUGCCCGAUACUAAAACUAUCUACGAUUUUGAUUGGCUUGGCAUUUGGUGCGAAGAAUUUCAGGCAGAUUUUGGCCAUAUUCACAUUCCACAACAUGUACGUGUGCCACCAUCACCUGCUAUGUUGGGUUUGAAGCCUGAGGCAAAAUUGAAUUGUGAAGUUUUUGAUGAUCUUCGUGGUUUUGAAAUGCGUUGGAUUCUCGAUGGUGAUGAUAUUGUUAUACAAUUAGUCGGUCGUAUGUUACCCAAUGAAUACAUGUCGAUAGGUUGGGCACGUGAUGAUACGCAUUCAUUGAUGAUCGGUGCCGAUGCUUUGGUCGCCUGGAUCGACUCCGCCGGUCAAGGACAUGCUAAAGAUUAUUAUAUCAGUGCAAAAGAACCAUGCAUCGGCCAACAUGGCGUUUGUCCAGACCUCAAUCAUCCCGGUGCUACCGAUAGCAUUACAUUGUUACAUGCAGCCGUUGUGAAUGGAUUUCGUAUGAUUACUGUUAAACGACCACAGCUAGGGGUGGACGAACGAUUCGAUCAGCAUAUCUAUUCGGAUGGUCAACAAGCUAUCAUCUGGGCAUAUGGACCAUUGAAUUCGCGCAAUGAACUUGCCUAUCAUACACGUCAUCAAUAUGGCAACCGAUUUAUUGAUUUUGCUCGUCAACCACAAUGGAAUUGUCCAAGUCCAGAUCAACAAUUGAUGCAGCAAAGAAAAUGGCAACAAUUAGUUGCUUCGGCAUCGGCCAAUUCCAAUCAAACGACAGCAAGCAAUCAACGUGAUACAAGAAUGGUAUCAUCCAAUGCAACCAUCGAACCUCUCACAACCACAACAACAACCACAGCAGCACCAUUGGUCCAAUCACAAUCAUCCGUUGAACCUUGGACCAUACCACGAAUUCAAUGUCCAAAAGAUGGCAUUCUUUUUGCUCAGAUGGGUCCGGUCGGUGGACCAAAACGAGGUUAUCAGGCUAGAACCGGACAUAAAGGCUGGGGUCUGGCCUGGUACAUCAACGGGUUGAUGAUACCGGAAUUGGUGUUCAAACGUGGAACUACAUACACCUUCUGGGUGGAAGGUGGUAAUGAUCAUGAUAAUAAUGCCAGAAGACAUCCACUUUACCUUACUACCAGUGCCGAAGGAGGAUUCGAAUAUAAAACACCCGAUGAACGGCGAAUGGAACAAGUGUUGGCUGGUGUUGGUGUUACUGACAACGGCACCCUGUAUCCGAUUGCUGAAGGACGAAAUUGCAAAUGGCAUAUCACUUCCAAAACAAACAUCAACGAUAUCGAUCAAAGUUAUCCAACGUUUGAAGAUUUUCGUAAAACUUUGGCCCUUGAUUGUGAUCAAACCGGCCAGGCUGCUCGACUUCAAUUUACACCCGAUCAUAAUACACCGGAUCUUAUUUAUUAUCAAUGCUAUCUUCAUCGAUUUAUGGGCUGGAAAAUACAUAUCGUCGACGAAUGUCCCAAUCAACAGACCAAAUCAAUGCCAUCCACAUCUAGUUCAUCAUCAUCUUCGUCUCAAAUUCAGAUUGCGGCCGCUCCAUCCACGAAUCAUCAUCAUUUGAUCAUGCCCAAGUCAAGUGCUACUAUGAUCAUUAAACCGGUGAAAAAACGAUUACAAAAUCUUAUGUUCCAAGCAACAGAACCGAUCGCAACUUCAGCAAAUAUGAAACGACUUCCCAGUUCUUCGCCUAUCGUCAAACUUGGUCCAAAAUUCAAUGUUCUUUAUUCGGCUCCAGCCAUCUCUCCAUUCGAAAUCAAACGUACCAACAGUAUGAAUAUUCCCUCAUCAUCCUCAUCAUCGGGAACAUUUAUGUUGCAAAAUUUUGACAAUUUAUUCGAUCCUUUUAUGGAUAACAAUUUUAAUCAUGGUUAUGAUUCGACCAGCCAUCAUCAUCGAAUCGUAUCGUUUGGCAAUCCAGUUCUGCCAUCUGGUGUUGCCAAUCCAUACAAUUCACCAUUCCGAAGUUUCCAUCAACCAUCCACCAAUCCAAAUGCCAAUUCGAAUCUGAAUUUUGUGAUGAAAAAGUUUGGCGUACGAUUUCCCAAUCAAACUAGUCGUACGGCAAUCAUCACUUCACAACCGAAGCUAUCACCGCAAUCAUCACCAAUAUCGGCCAAACCGAUCAAAUCAUCAUCACAGUCAUCGAAAUCCGGUGGAUUUAUGCCGUUGACCACUGCCGGGCAGAAUAAAUACAAUCAGCGUUUAGCAUGGCCAUCAUUGGCGAUGAAAUCGAAAGCAAGAAAUAAGUUCAAUGACAAUGUUCAUUCUUCUUCCACAUCAUCAUCAUCGGAUGUUGGUUUCGGCAUCGAAGAUAUUCUUCGCAUUCGUCCUGUCGAUUCGAUGGCUGCAAACAGCCGUACCACCACCAGCACUACCACCACAACAAUAGCACCGACCACGACCACAUCAACAACGACAAUGAUAGCGCCAAUGAUGACGACAAUGACACCAUUAAAUCAUCGUCCCACUAAACUAUACGAUAAUUUUGUCGAUCCAAAACUAUUAUCCGCGCUUGAGUAUUCGAAUGGCUUGUUAUCCGAUCACAAUGAAACGGAUGAUUUGGAUUCUGAUUCGAAACCAUUACAGCUACAAUCCUCGUCAUCGUCGCUGGUUCCCAGACUCCAUUUCAAUAAUGCCACUAUCGACCAUAUUAUCCUGAUGGAUGUAAUGCGAAUGAUUGCACGAGAUUCUCAACAACAACAACCCAAACCCAAACCCCAACCAACAUUACAAUCAUUAGCCAAUGUUGACAUGUUACGAAUAUGAUACUUAUUUAAACAUUUUAAUUAUAAUUGAAUGGCAUAUAUUUGGAAAAUAUUAAUAAAUUAUUAUCAUUAUUUUUA